UUCGGGGAGGUGUCUGCGAGACUGACUGAGGUGACUCUGAAACCGAGCGCAGCAGCAGGAGCGAGAGCUGCUCAGCAUCCGGACAAGAUGUGGAAACUUCAGCUUUUACUCGUCUUCACUCUCUGCCUCGGCGACUCUCUUCAGCAGGAAGGGAGAAGGAGAAUAAAAGAGCGAGGGAACAGCUCCGAGGUUUUCGUUCCUGUGCCCAGAACAUUCAAAGGGGACCCGGUGCCAGAGCCCAGUUUAGUUCUUGUCCUGAAUGAGACACAAGCUCCCGUUUCAGCUCGGUCCCCUCCAGCGCUGGAGUCACUAAGCCGCAGCACGGCGGGGUACCUCGGCGGCCCCCUCAGCACCCGGGUCAUCCCCGUUAUUUAUAUGCUGGCCGUGGUCGUCGGGGUCCCGGCCAACGUUGCCAUCUUGUGCACGCUGGCCUCUAAAAUCCGAAAGGUGUCCUCUGCCAUCCUCUACUGCAGCCUGGCCGUCUCCGACCUCCUCCUCCUCCUCUCCCUCUUCUUCAAGGCUCACUACCAUCUCCAUGGAAACCACUGGGCGCUCGGAGAGGCUGCCUGUCGAGUGGUCACGGCCUGUUUCUAUGGCAACCUCUACUGCUCGGCCCAGACGCUGGCCUGCAUCAGCAUCAAGCGCUACCUGGCUGUGGUGCACCCCUUCAUGUACAAACGCCUCCCCAAGAGGAUGUGCACCGCCUGGGUCAGCGUGGGUGUGUGGGGGGUGUUCGGUGCCGCCGUCGUGCCUGAGCUCCUCAUCCAGCAGAGCUACUGGCUCCCCGAGCUGGGCCUCAUCACCUGCCACGACGUGCUGCCUCUGGACUACGACUCCCACUCGUUCCUGCUCUACUACUACCUGCUUCUAACCAUCCUCGGCCUCCUGCUGCCGUUGCUCGUCACCGUCGUGUGCUACGCCCGAAUCGUCUGCGAGCUGAACCGCUCGCACCACGACUGGGCGACGUACAUCCAGGCCAGCUCGCUGGUGUUCGCCAUCUUCCUGCUGUGCUUCACUCCGGCUGCGCUGCUGCACCUCCUCCAUCAGGUGCAGCUGUUCGUGGAUGGAGGGGAGAGUCUGUACGUGCACUUUAAAGUGGCGGCGUGUUUGUGCUGCCUGCACGCCUGCCUGGACCCCUUCCUCUUUCUCCUCAUGUCCAAGUCUGCAGGCUCCGCUCUUUACUUCAGGCCCUUCAAAGCAAAGACCCUCAGCGUGUCUUUUUAAAAAAAGAGACCCGCAUGUCGCCAAAAACUGGUUUUGAUUUUGCGGCGGAGGAAGAGAGAAAUCGUCUCUGUGGCUGGAAUCCAAAGAGAAGGCAGAAGCACCUUGACUGUUUUCAUGAUAAACAAGCAGCGGACAGACUUCCUGUAGCAUUACACCGUUAACAUACGAGUAGAAGAAGUAUUUUUAUACAGGAAAACAGUUUUAUUGUGUGAGAGAGAGAGUGUGACAGAUAGAGGGAUGAGAGGUAACUGUGUUAGUGUGUACAUAUGUGUGUAAAAUAUUAAAGGAAAGCAUUUUGAUAUUAACAUUUUCAUUCUAGUAGAAUAAAAUAACACAAAAGGAUGUUUUUAUAUCGAGCUGAAUCGUGCAGCUAGGCGGCGUUUAUGCUGUAAAACAGGCCGACUGUAGGGAAGUCUGUUCCUGUUAACACAUGCUGAUUAAAACACAACUUUG